AGUGAUUUGCGCUGAGUCCUUGCAUUUGUUGUACGCUUUCUUCAUAAGAGUAUUCGCAAAAUGGUGUAAGUUGUAGAGCGAAAAGUUCCACUGACUAGCAAUGGAUUGUACAGAGGAAGAGGACACUCCUCGGCUUAGUCCGAUGCCGAGGGAUAUUCUGGCUCUGCCUGCGCGAGAGGUUCUUUCAUAUACGAAAAUUCGCGAUCCCUUGUCACUUCAGCUGAACAUGGUGGGCGCCUUGAAAAAUUGGAAAGACGUGGCCGAUUUGCUUGGGUAUUCUGCUGAGAGAAUCCUCGGUUAUUUCGCUCACAAUUCUCGACCUGGAUUACUGUUAUUGGAAGACUGGAUAUACAAAAAGAAUGGUAUUCUUGAGACACUUGUGAAUAUCUUGAGCGAACUGGAGUUUUAUUCUUGUCUGGAAGUAAUUCGCGAAUGUGUGGAAGAUUAUCAAAGAAAGUCUGGAACAGUUAGGAGGCAGAAUGAAGUUGAUAAUGAUGAUGAUGGGAUUGGUGAUGUACAGGGAAUCCAACCUGAAUAUGGAGGUUGUUGUGUAAGUGAGGACAGUUCAGUUGUUACAUCAACAGACUUAGAAUUUACAAACCACACUUUGUUUACGUCAUCUGAGUUCUCAACAACUUCAAGUCCUCUACCAUCCGCAGUUGCAAAUUUAAAGGAUAAGACUUCUGGGGGUAUAAGUGUGCACGACAAAGACCUGCAUGGGAAGAGUCUUAGUAGCACUAACUUAUGUGUACCAAGCAGAGUUGCCGAAGAAGGGGGCACCACUACAGGAAGGCCUGGACUUUUUAGGUAUGCCUCUUGGUCACCAGAUGCACAUCUUGAGAAUGAAGACCUGCUUAAGUCUAACCAAGGUGAAAAGGACUAUAUGCGUUCAAAUUCCCAUGAACCAAAGAGUAAAUUGAAGGAUAGGAAGAAAUCUUUUCGGAAAAAAAUUGCCCUUAUGUUUUCUACAAAGAGACACAAGAGAUCAUCUGAACCAUCUAACAAUGAAGGAAACUCCUCAUUGGUAAGCUCUGGUGAAUCCAACUCAGACACAUCCAUGGUGACGUCAUUCACAGCAUCACACUCUUACAGGGAAUCUGUCCAAAAUCCAAAAGAAAAUCUCUCUCCCCUUAAAGUAGAUAAGGCAAGGAGGUUGUCCAAUUCAGACAGUGUGAGCUCAGGAGAAUCUGCAGCUUCCCCAACAUCCCUAGGAUAUGAGUCAGGAUACACGUCAUCCCCAGAAGCUCCGAUAGGUUCUGGAAAAACCAUCUCCAUCAUUCACUGUUCGCACCUGGAAGGAAAAGCCUUUCAAGAGGAGGUUUCUAAAUUGUACUAUCAUUUUAGCAAAAACUUGGGAUACAAGUGCCAUUUGGACAAGCUGGAGCUUGUUGAAGUUGCUGAAAAUAUGUUCCGCUGGGCUAUGAAAAGUGUCCAGCAGAGUAAUUUUGUAUUCAUCUGUGUUUCUCCAGAACUGAAGAAAAUUUUUGAUUUGCCCUCCAAAGAAAUCAGUGACAGUCUUGAAGAUGAUGAGGCAUGUAUGGUUCGACUUGAAUCUGACUUAAUACUGGCUGAGCUUGCCACGAAUGCAAGCAAUCGAAAAGGAAAGUACAUGACAAUCUUGCUGAAAGGAUCAUCCAAAAGAGAUGUUCCAAGCUUCCUGAGCUUAUAUUUGAAGUACCAGUGGCCAGAUGAAGAACGGAGGAUCAGAUGCAUAAUAGAAGGAAAACCCGAGAUUGUUCCCGUACCUGUUAGCAGUGUCAAGACUGAUCCAGCCCCUAAGGUGGUUGAGCCUGCCAAAAUUCCAAGUUAAGGGACAAGGAAACAUAUACUAUUGCUGUACCUGUUAGAGUCUCACUUACAUUCAUCAUUUAGCAAACAGAAAAAGCCAAAGAAGUCACCAAUUUUUUUUAAUUGCAGAUUGAGGAUUGACUUACUUCAUACUUUGUGAAAGUAUGCAAAAUUAUGCAUAUUCUGUAAAAAUACUGUACUGUACUUGUAGAAAAGGGUAAGGAACCCAGCAUUGUAUAGAUGUG